AUAUUUCCUCUGUGCAGUUCAGCUGAUAAUUGAAGGAUCUCGUGGACAUGGCAACGUAUUUAUGGAGGAAAUAUGCAGAUUAUGUAUACACAAAAUGGGAAAAGACGCUCCUCUGGGAUAUGGUAGAACCAUUUAGGAGACCAAAAUCGUUUACUCCUCUUGUUACUAUCUACGUAUGUGCAUUUUAUACAGGGGUUAUUGGAGCAGCCAUCACUGAACAACUCUACAAGGAGAAAUACUGGGAAGAACACCCUGGGCAAGAAGUGCCUCUAAUGAAACCAAUGUUUUAUGGUGGCCCUUGGAGAGUAAUGAGAGGUGACGUUCCUCCUAUGGGGAAGUUCGAUCUCUGAGCUGCAGUCAGUUAGAUAGUUAUUAGGCAUCCAACAUAGGCUCUAGGAGAAGGAAAACCAUCACCUUAGGAUUUGGUUCAACGGCAAAGGUACUACAACACGCGAUGUGUGAUAGGUACACAUGAGUUCAACUCUUGCCAGGGAACCAAGUCUAUUAAGUAGAGAAGAGUAGAAGGGCAGACCCAUUAUCCACCAAUUCCAGAACUGGUACGUAACAAAAGAAAGGUACCAUUUUUCUACAAUUGUUGUGCAUUUAUAUUUGAACUAUCCUCUCUUGUAAAGAUUAUAAUAUAGGUUUGCAAAUUUUAUCUAUACCUAUUUUGGUCCUUCCCUGUAUUUCUCCUUGUCUUCUGUAUUUGUAUGAAGUAUCAAAAGAAAUUUGUUUUCAUGGCU